AUCGGCGAAGUUCGCAGUUCAGUCGACAACAGAAGAUGGCUUCAGAAAGUUUCCUAUAGCUUCUGGGACGUUUCGCGACACAAAAGAAAGCUCGACAUGUCGUCGUUUUGUGCUUCACCGCUCUGGGACUGGGACUACACGUGGUACUCAGAUUACCCCCGCUUUACGUCAUGCUUCGAGAGCACAGUUCUUGUGUACGUGCCGGCGAGCGUCCUCAUCAUCUUCGGACUGCUACCAUGGAUGCUGACACAGGCCAAGAAUGACUCUCCUCGUGGCAAGCCCCUGUCUUGGACUCUCCUAAGCCUGCUGCGGUUCCUCCUGAGCUUCGUCCUGCUACUCGCUUACGCCUUUUCGUUCGUCUACAAACUAAUCACGGUAAUUCCUUCGUGGGCUUCGGUGACGGCAGACCUUGUACGCGUCCUCGUCUUCGCAACGACCAUUGUUUUUCAACAGAGAGACAGGAAACGUGGCUCCGGAUCUUCCAUGAUGCUAUUCUUCUUCUGGUUCACCAGCGCCUUGUGCCAGCUACCAGAAUACUUCCGAUACCUCGAAGGAGUGUUCGGGUUUAACGGUGUCUUUGCUGACUUCUCCAAGCUCGAGUACGGCGUCUGCGUGGCAGCCUACCCUGUUAUUCUGGUACAAGUGUUCCUGGCCUCCCUGACAGAUGUGAGACAAGAGCCGAGACGACCAUACCUGACCGCAGGUCCUGUCUCGUCUCUCAUGUUUGGAUGGAUGACGCCUCUCAUCUUGCAUGGGUACAAGCGCAGCUUGGACUUCGUAGAUCUCUUCAAGGUGCGACCAGACAUGCGAUCUCGGAAGAAGCACGACGAGUGGAAAGCAAGGUGGGACAAAGAGCUCCAGGAGGCCGGCUACAUGCCCGGAGACGGUUCUUGCGACGCAUCUUUCCCGCAGCCUUCCCUCUUCAGAUCGGUGUGGAAGACAUUUUGGAAGCCAGUGGUCAUUGCCUGCGUUCUGGCCAUGCUGCGGACGUUAUUCAGAACCGCUCCUGCUCUUUUGCUCCACCUCAUAACCGGAUACAUGGAGAGUGAUGAUCCCACCUGGAAAGGAAUCAUGUACUCUGUCGGAAUAGUGCUGGCGAACUUCACCACUGCCAUGUUUGUUCGCCAUAUUGAUUGUACCCUCUCUCUCACCGGUCUUAAUAUCAAGGCUGCCAUUAUUGGAGCGAUAUACAGAAAAACACUUCGCAUUUCGAGUGAGUCGCAACAAAGCUAUACCGUCGGAGAGUUGGUUAACUUGGUUUCCGUGGACGCCGAUCGCGUGUUCAGAUUGUGCAGUGGUUUCGGGUUUGUCGUAGCCGGCCCUCUGUUGAUAGCAAUCACUUUGGCACUGCUCUGGCAGUACCUCGGAGUGGCUUGUCUAGCCGGUGUUGCUGUCAUGAUCGUCAUCAUGCCGAUGGUCGCUGUCGUCAUGAGCAUAGGUCACAAGUACCAGACGGCCCAGAUGAAAUUGAAGGACAAACGGCUCAAAGGAAUGGCCGAGAUUCUGAGCAGUAUUAAGAUUUUGAAGCUAUUCGCAUGGGAGAAUCCGUUUAUGGAAAAGAUCUCAUCAAUUCGGUCAGAAGAGAUGGAACUGCUAAAAAAGUACUCGUACCUGACAGCAUUCAGCUGUUUCUGCAUGACAUGUUCGUCUGUGUUAGUGGCUCUGACAAGUUUUGUCACUUACGUCCUGAUCAGCGACAAGAAUAUCCUCGACCCUACUACGGCAUUUGUUUCAUUGACGCUGUUUAAUCAGAUGCGUUACUCGAUGUUCCUCAUCCCAGACUUCAUUUCGAAUGCGAUUCAAACGAGCGUCUCUUUUAAAAGGAUCCGAAAGUUUCUGCUCUCCUCCGAGAUUGACGAGUUUUCCGUAGGUCGAAGACCUGAUGAUGGUGAAGUGGUGACGAUCAAGAAUGCAACCAUGGCCUGGUCAUGGGACAAAGAGCCUGUCCUGAACGGAGUGGACCUUUCUGUCAAAACCGGUCAAUUGGUUGCCAUCGUUGGUCCUGUUGGCAGUGGAAAGUCAUCGCUGAUGUCUUCACUCUUAGGAGACUUGAGAGUACGGUCAGGGUCUGUCAACUGCAUCAAAAACGUUGCCUACGCUCCUCAGUGUGCCUGGAUCCAGAACAAGACCCUCCGCGACAAUGUCCUCUUUACCAAGACGUUCGAAGCUAAACUGUACGACAAAGUUCUGAAGGCAUGCUGCCUCGAAAAGGACCUUGAGAUACUUCCUUGUGGGGACUUAACUGAAAUUGGCGAGAAAGGAAUCAACUUGAGUGGUGGUCAAAAGCAGCGGGUGAGUCUCGCGAGAGCCGCGUACCAGAUGAAAGAUCUUUACCUGUUCGACGACCCUCUCAGCGCAGUGGACGCCCACGUUGGUGCCUCCAUCUUCAAGGACCUCAUCGGACCAAGAGGAAUGUUGAAAGGAACUACGAGAAUAUUGAUCACGCAUAACCUUUCCGUGCUCUCUGAGGUUGACCACAUCUUAGUUAUGAACUCGGGAUCAGUCGUCGAGGCCGGAACGUACAAAGAACUCCAAAAAGAGGGCAGCGUUUUGUCGGAGUUACUUAAGGACUUCGUUCAGAGAACUCGGAAGCAAACGGAAGGAGAAGAAUCCAUCCCUGAAGACGAACCAAAAGCAGAAGCCAAACAGGACGAACCAGCACUGCAACUGGUGCAGAAGGAGACGGUAGAGGAAGGUUCAAUCAAGUUGCGUGUGUAUACCAACUACUUCAGACACGCGGGGCCGUUGCUCAUUAUGGCAAUCUCAUUUUACGCUGCCUACCGGGCGAUUGACGUUUACAACGGCACGUGGUUGAGCGACUGGAGCACCGAUCCAUUGUUCCCCGAUGGCACGCAAGACAUUGCACUGAGGACUUACAGGAUAGAGAUAUAUGCGUUGCUCUGUUUUUGUCAGGCAAUUGCCGGUUUCAUCGGAGUGGCACUGCUGUGGAGGGCAGCUUUGUUAGCAUCAACCAGGCUGCACGGGUUGAUGCUUUACGGCGUGAUGAGGGCACCUCUGGCAUUCUUUGACGCCACACCGUCGGGACGCCUACUCAACCGCUUCGGAAAAGAUGUAGACCAGCUGGACGUUCAACUGCCCAUGGUGGGAAACUUCUUCCUGGACUUCCUGAUGCAGAUUGCCGGAAUGAUUGUUCUCAUAUCCAUAAACCUACCAAUCUUCAUCUUUAUAGCCAUUCCAGUCGUCAUCUCCUUCUUGGUGCUACGCCAGGUUUACGUAAAACCCUUCCGCCAAGUUAAGAGGCUGGAAUCUAUAUCCCGGUCUCCAGUCAACAACCACCUUUCAGAAACUGUUUCGGGCUUGACGAGCGUCCGAAGCUACGGCGUUCAACGGAUGUUCGUGAACGACAACGACUACAAGGUGGAUGUUACGCAAAACUGCACCGUCAACUGCAUCCACUGCAACUACUGGAUGCAGAUCCGCCUGGAAGUCAUCGGAGACGUGCUUCUGAUUGCAAUGCUUCUCCUCGUUGUUACCAACCGGGACAAAAUUGACCCCGGUAUGGCGGGUCUUCUCGUUGCCUACUCAUUGAACACGAUAGCUCCGUUCAAUUACCUUAUCUACUUUUCAACCGAAAUGGAAGCUAGUCUCGUGUCAGCCGAACGUCUUGACGAGUACAGGCGCCUGACACCCGAAGCACCAUGGUCCCUAGACUCCAGUCCGCACCCAAGCUGGCCGGGAGAAGGAGCUAUGUCCUUCAACUCUUACUCGACUCGCUACAGGGACGGCUUAGAGCUUGUACUUAAGAAUGUUGAACUCAGCAUCAAUCCCGGCGAAAAAAUAGGAAUCGUAGGCCGGACUGGCGCCGGGAAGUCGACCAUGACGCUAAGUCUUUUCCGCAUAGUGGAAGCAGCCGAAGGCAGCAUUGUGAUUGACGGCAUGGACAUCUCAACGUUGGGACUGCACGACCUGCGGUCCAGACUGACCAUCAUACCGCAGGAUCCAGUCUUGUUUCACGGCACGCUUCGCUACAACCUUGAUCCUACCGGGAGCCACGCGAGCGAAGAUCUCUGGUCGGCCUUAGACAGGGCGCAUCUCGGCGACGUCUUCAGAGAUGAGGGCCUCGACUUCGAGGUCACCGAGGGAGGUCUCAACCUAAGCGUCGGACAGAGACAGCUUAUCUGCCUCGCCAGGGCUGUACUAAGAAAGACCAAAAUCCUUAUCUUGGAUGAAGCGACGGCAUCAGUCGACAUGGAGACAGACGCCAUCGUGCAACAGACACUGAGAGACCACAUGGCGGACUACACCGUUCUAACCAUCGCUCAUCGGCUUCACACCGUCUUGAAUUCGGACAGAGUCGUUGUUAUGGAGGACGGACGCAUCAAAGAAGUGGGUGUGCCCGCGGAACUUAUGGAGGACUCUGAGUCUUCCUUCUAUUCGUUGGCCCUUGAGGCGGGCCUGGUGCACGACGGAAGGUACACGAGUGAGUCUGAAAACUGACUUCAAUGGUGCUUCUAAUACAACACUGCCGUGUCUGGACCGUUCCCUCAAUACUGAUGUCGAGGAGCGU